AUGCAGGACAGGGAAUUUCCAGGAUGUGGGAAUUUAGUAACGUUUGCCCAGUUCUUUUUCAUAGCCACAGAAGGAUUCGUCUUCGAGGCCAACUUUGGAAGGAAACGGCCAGUUCUCCCGAUCAAGUACUACCUGAUCAUGGUGGCCAUGUUCUUCACAGUCAGUGUGGUCAACAACUACGCCCUUAACCUGAACAUAGCCAUGCCGUUGCAUAUGAUAUUUAGAUCGGGCUCUCUGAUUGCCAACAUGGCUCUGGGCAUCAUCAUUCUGAAGAAAAGGUAUACAGUGUACAAAUACACCUCCAUCGCCUUGGUCUCCCUGGGAAUCUUCACAUGCACCUUUAUGUCUGCAAAAGAAGUGAGCUCCAUGCGAAGCACCAGCGAACGAGGAGAAGAGAGCAUUUCUGCCUUCCUCUGGUGGCUGCUGGGUCUCGGAGCGCUGACCUUCGCUCUCCUCAUGUCGGCCCGGAUGGGCAUCUUCCAGGAGACCCUCUACCAGAAGUUCGGGAAACACUCCAAGGAAGCCCUCUUCUACAACCACGCACUCCCCCUUCCGGGUUUCCUGCUCUUGGCUCCGGACAUUUACAGGCACGCAUUGCUCUUCAACCAGUCUGACCCGUUCCAGAUCCCAGUCCUUGGACUCAGCAUGCCCGUCAUGUGGUUCUACCUCCUCAUGAACAUCAUCACUCAAUACGUGUGCAUCCGGGGGGUGUUCAUCUUGACCACAGAGUGCACCUCCCUCACGGUCACGCUGGUGGUGACCCUGCGUAAGUUCAUCAGCCUCAUCUUCUCCAUCCUGUAUUUCCGGAACCCCUUCACCGUCUGGCACUGGAUCGGCACCUUAUUCGUCUUCGUGGGGACUCUGAUGUACACGGAGGUGUGGAACAGCCUGGGGCCUCUGCUGGACCGGAAGCGAAAGAGAGAGGAGGAGGAAAAGAAGCAGGAGUGAGGGCAUGGAUCCGUGGCCAAGCUCAGGGCUCCUCCACGGAACUGGGGACCUUUUCCGAUCAUGUUUUUUUUUCUCCCAAUGGUGCAGAGUAGCAGCAGAUUCCCUUCUCGUGGAAGUGCGGGUUUGAUUUUUGUAAUACAAAAAGAGAGAGAGACUGAUCUUGGCUAUGCCAAGCAGAUACAUAAAUCCCCCAGAGAUGGGGAACUGGAAAAAAAUUAAAAAUAGACCGCUGGGUAACAAAUAGGAUUUCCACAAGGCGAACCCGUCUGUGGUUUUGCUGAAGGAUGGCGCCUUUGUGACCCUCCAGAUCUGAGGGAGCUCCCCAUUUCCAACAACCCCCCCCCAAGUAGCCUGGCCAGUGCAGGAGAUGAUGGGAGAGACCAUUUGGAGGAUCACAAGUUCUCCACCCCAACGGGAUUCAAGAUGGGGGUGAUUUAUGGCCCUGUCGGGGUUUAGGCAGUGUGGUUCGCCUCCAGGGUGAACGUCUUCCUCCAUUUUGUGACACGGCUGCCAUCUUGGAAAAAAAAACAAAAGAAUGUAAAGUAAGGCCAAAUUGCAAUAUUUGGAGAGCUGGCGCUGGAAGUACCACAGAAUGAUGUGUGCCACAUAUGUUUCUGUGGUGUGUGUGUGUGUGUAAGGCUCUUAGGAGUGAAAAGCUCAGUGUGGCGGUGAAGGACAUGUCUCGCCUGCCAGAGUUUUAUCUGUUACCCAAAAGCUCUUGGCAUUUAUAGGACUUUGUCAAGUAAAGUCAUGGGUUAAAUAUUGUUAGGUUCUUGUCAGUAAGGGCGAAUCUUGCCUCUUAGGAGGUAUUUUCUGGUGCUUUUAAGACAAUGCUUCCCAACCUGACGUUCUCGGACUACAACUCCCAGAAAUCCUGGCCAGCCCAGCGAGGAGGCGAAGGUUUUUGGGAGUUGCCAUCCAAGAACAUUUAGGGGACCCCAGGUUGGGAGCCGUUGUUUCAAAGUGUCGUAAGCUUGUCAGGAUGAUAUUCCUCUGGUUGACCCAGCGUCAGAUUGGAAUGUUCAUGAGGUUGUUGUGUUUUUGUUUUUUUGUAGUUUUAACACAUUGUUGCUAAUGCUUAGAAAUAUACAUGAUCAUGGAUGUCAAGAGUGUGUGGAGUGAAGGUUCCCCCUUAAACCCGGUCAAGAGGGAGACCGUCCAGGUGCACGUGGGUGUCACGUGGUAGCGCGUUGGUCCCCAGGCCUUCUGAAGAAGGUUUUGACCAAGCCUACCAGAGAAGCUUGGUCUUCAAAGGUAGGUCUCUCCGAAGGAGUAGCCAGCCCUCAGGAGGCAGAAGGGACUUAGGGGGACUGGCCAAGGCGGGUAGGGUCGCCAACGUCCUGGAUCGGCCUCAUGGACAUCCCUGAGUAGAUCGGUGUUCUCUCGAGUGUUAACAGUUGAUGCAGUUACUCCCAAUAUUUAAUCUCUCAGAUCACACCGCCCUUUAAUCUCUGAGCCUCGAGGACACGGGAAUUUGCCGUCUCAAAAAUGCAUCCCUCCCCUGCCCCCCGGGCUUGGAAUUACUUCGUUAAAUGGUGGGCAUUGCUUUUACGUUAAACCUUCCCAACAGAUAUUUUUGAAAUGUUAGCUCCAUCCGUUGCUUGAAUGCCCAGUCCAUGUGAAAGUAAACCAGCGAAUAGCCUCCAAUGUGUUGUUUUCUAGCUCCGGUUAUAUGCCAGGUAUUCUGUAUUUUGAACUAGUUUUUCCUGAGUAUCUCUGCAAAAAUGUUUUGUUUUUGUUUUUUUAAAAUAUGUAAUCCCCUUUUAAGGGGACAUUUUUCACUCCGUUCAGGUGUUGUUUAUACCUAACUGUUGUGUUUACAAGCAAGCUGUAAAUAAGGGAGUAACCGUUCUCCAUCCUCACAUUUCCUACAGGCAAAAUGUUGGCUCGUGGACUGUGUUUUUUUCUUCUCACGUACACUGGUCAAAUCCCUCGUCUGCACUGUAGUACAGUAGGAACCCCCCCCCCAUCCACAGGUUCAAGAUCCGCUGAUUCAGUUAUUCAUGGUCUGAAUCUGUUAAAAAUAUUAAAUAAAAAUUUCCUGGAAAUAUAGAUUUCUAACAAGGGUGUUACCAGAACUGUCCACUAGAGGGAGACAGAAACCAUAUGCUGUUUAUGACCUUUCCUAUUAUAUUAGCAUUUAUCAUAAUUGCAUUUUUCAGUAUCCACAGGGAGGCUUAAAAGUACAGUGGUGCCCUGCUAGACAAUUACCUUGCAAAA